AAACCUUCCAAAGACUUUUCAUUGUCUUCGCCUGCGAGCGCUAAAAUUAUCUCCGAGCAUUCUCAAGUUGGGUGAUUCGGUACGGAUUACUGAUUUGGGAGAGAAAAACCCUAGAUUGGAAUUAGAUUCUGGGUUCUUGGGCUAAAGGUUUCUUCAUCUCCUUCGAAUCAUCCUUUUGUAAGUCCAGUGGAUGUGAAAACCCAGUACUCACUGAUUCUUUUUAUUAGGAAUUUUGUAAGGUUUUGGGUAGAGUUUUCACAGUUUUGAUGAUACUAAAAUGUGGGCCACUGGGUCUAGAGAAUGAAGAAUCUUGCUUUUAGUGACAAAGGUUGUUCCUUUGGAGUAGUAAAGGGAGCAAGACGAUGAGUAGAAACCCUUUCCUGGAUCCUACUCUUCAAGAAAUUCUUCAAGUGAUUAAACCCACACGAGCAGAUAGGGAUACGAGGAUCACAGUCAUUGAUCAGUUGCGUGACGUCUUACAAUCCGUAGAAUGUUUAAGAGGUGCUACUGUUCAACCAUUUGGAUCCUUUGUGUCAAAUCUCUUCACACGAUGGGGAGACUUAGAUAUCUCUGUUGACUUAUUCAGCGGUUCUUCCAUCUUGUUCACUGGAAAGAAGCAGAAACAAACUUUACUCGGACAUUUACUACGAGCACUGAGAGCGAGUGGUCUAUGGUACAAACUGCAAUUUGUUAUUCAUGCGCGAGUUCCUAUUCUGAAAGUAGUGAGCGGCCACCAGAGAAUUUCUUGUGACAUUUCUAUUGAUAACCUGGAUGGGCUUUUGAAGAGCAGGUUCUUGUUCUGGAUCAGUGAAAUAGAUGGGAGAUUCCGCGACCUGGUUUUGCUAGUGAAGGAAUGGGCGAAAGCUCAUAAUAUCAACGACUCAAAGACCGGGACUUUCAACUCUUACUCUCUCAGUUUGUUAGUCAUCUUCCAUUUUCAGACUUGUGUGCCUGCAAUCUUGCCGCCUCUAAGAGUGAUAUAUCCGAAGAGUGCGGUUGAUGAUCUGACAGGUGUACGGAAAACUGCAGAGGAAAGCAUAGCGCAAGUUACUGCUGCUAAUAUUGCGAGAUUUAAAUCAGAGAGAGCAAAAUCAGUCAAUCGAAGCUCGCUCUCGGAGCUGUUGGUCUCUUUUUUUGCAAAGUUUUCAGACAUAAACGUGAAGGCCCAAGAGUUCGGUGUUUGCCCGUUUACUGGAAGAUGGGAAACUAUAAGCAGCAACACUACAUGGCUGCCAAAGACAUACUCACUCUUUGUUGAAGAUCCUUUUGAGCAGCCGGUGAACGCUGCAAGGAGUGUGAGCCGUAGAAAUUUGGACAGAAUAGCUCAAGUAUUUCAGAUUACAUCGCGCCGUCUUGUCUCAGAGUGUAACAGAAACUCCAUCAUAGGGAUUCUGACAGGGCAACACAUUCAAGAGUCUUUGUACAGAACAAUAAGCCUCCCAAGUCAACAUCAUGCAAACGGUAUGCACAAUGUCCGUAAUCUGCAUGGUCAGGCUAGGCCACAGAACCAGCAAAUGCAGCAAAAUUGGUCACAGAGCUACAAUACCCCGAAUCCACCACAUUGGCCACCACUAACACAAUCCCGACCACAACAGAAUUGGACUCAGAACAACCCCAGGAAUCUUCAGGGGCAACCACCUGUCCAAGGCCAAACUUGGCCUGUAAUCACACAAACUCAAACGCAGCAGAAGAGCCCAUAUAAGAGUGGGAACCGACCAUUGAAAAAUACAUCUGCUGGUUCAAGUCAGAAUCAGGGCCACAUUGGUAAGCCAUCUGGUCAUAUGAAUGGUGUGAACUCUGCAAGACCUGCAUAUACGAAUGGUGUGAACUCCGCAAGGCCUCCAUCAAAAAUUCCAAGCCAAGGCGGACAGAUCUGGAGACCGAGACAUGAGCAGUAGAAUGAGGUGUGCAGACAUGGUUCAGAGAUACUCCUUCACAUAUUUUGGAUGAUUUUGUAUUCUGACCUUGGGGCUUUUUUUCUAUGGAUCCAUUCGUUACAAUCAACAGAUUUGCAAUAGCAGAAUGUUGUUACUAAAAAAUGAGGACGAGGUAAACUUUUACUCAGUAAAACACCACAAUCAAAUUUACAGUUACAUUAAGAGAAAAAAGAAGAAAACAAUAAGAGAUAUACUACCAAACAAAAUAUAUUGUGUUGACUAGUGCAGUAACUUGUGUGGUAUUAAGCUCGAAGGAGACGCUUCUCGCAUGUUAGAAUCCUGUAACUUGCGUGAGGACCCUCGGAUGUGUCACGCAGAGAAGUAUGCCAACCCAUGGCCUUUGUGAUUUCUUGAAUUUCAUCCAUAACAUCAAUUGA